GGCGGUUGGCCUUGGGUCCGGAGGCGGGGCCCAGGGCCUCGGGCGCUUAGAGCCCCGCGGGACACGACUCGGUGGCAGUGUGCGGGCUGAACCAUGGGCGACCGCGGCGGCGCGGGUGGCUCCCGGCGCCGGAGGACGGGGUCGCGGCCCUCGAGCCAGGGCGGCGGCGGCGGCGGCGGCCCCGCGGCGGCGGCGGAAGAAGAGGUGCGGGACGUGGGCGCCGGGGGCGACGCGCCGGCCCCGGCCGCGGCCCCAGAGAAGGACAAGGACGGAGAAGCGGACGCGGACUGCGGCCACCGAGACCUGAGGUGCCACCGGCUGCAGGAUUCCCUGUUCAGCUCGGACAGCGGCUUCAGCAACUACCGCGGCAUCCUGAACUGGUGUGUGGUGAUGCUGAUCUUGAGCAACGCGCGGCUGUUUCUGGAGAACCUCAUCAAGUACGGCAUCCUGGUGGAUCCCAUCCAGGUGGUGUCUCUGUUCCUGAAGGACCCCUACAGCUGGCCUGCCCUGUGCCUGGUCAUCGUGGCCAAUGCCUUUGCGGUGGCUGCCUUCCAGGUGGAGAAGCGCCUGGCGGUGGGUGCCCUGACGGAGCAGGCAGGGCUGCUGCUGCACACGGCCAACCUGGCCACCAUCCUCUGCCUCCCCGCGGCCGUGGCCUUUCUGCUGGAGUCCAUCACUCCAGUGGGCUCUGUGCUGGCCUUGGCUGUGUACACCAUCCUCUUCCUCAAGCUGUUCUCCUACCGGGACGUCAACCUGUGGUGCCGAGAGCACAGGGCCAGGGCCAAGGCCAAGGCCGCGUCCACAGGUAAGAAGGCCAACGGUGCGGCAGCCCAGCGCACGGGUGCCGUGAGCUACCCGGACAACCUGACCUACCGAGAUCUGUACUACUUCCUCUUCGCCCCCACGCUGUGCUACGAACUCAACUUUCCCCGGUCCCCUCGCAUCCGAAAGCGCUUCCUGCUGCGGCGGCUCUUUGAGAUGCUGUUCUUCACCCAGCUGCAAGUGGGGCUGAUCCAGCAGUGGAUGGUCCCCACCAUCCAGAACUCCAUGAAGCCCUUCAAGGACAUGGACUACUCGCGCAUCAUCGAGCGUCUCCUGAAGCUGGCGGUGCCCAACCACCUCAUCUGGCUCAUCUUCUUCUACUGGCUCUUCCACUCCUGCCUGAACGCCGUGGCCGAGCUCAUGCAGUUCGGAGACCGCGAGUUCUACCGGGACUGGUGGAACUCCGAGUCGGUCACCUACUUCUGGCAGAACUGGAACAUCCCUGUGCACAAGUGGUGCCUCAGACACUUCUACAAGCCGAUGCUCCGGCGUGGCUACAGCAAGUGGGUGGCCAGCACUGGGGUGUUCCUGGCCUCGGCCUUCUUCCACGAGUACCUGGUGAGCAUCCCCCUGCGCAUGUUCCGCCUCUGGGCCUUCACCGGCAUGAUGGCUCAGAUCCCGCUGGCCUGGAUCGUGAGCCGCUUCUUCCGGGGCAACUACGGCAACGCGGCGGUGUGGCUCUCCCUCAUCAUCGGGCAGCCGGUGGCCGUGCUCAUGUACGUGCACGACUACUACGUGCUGCACCACGAGGCCCCGGUGGCCGGGGCCUGAGCCGGCGCACCCGCGCUCCUCACUGCCGUCUCGCCCGCCUCCCUGCCCCUGCCUGCGUGCUGGGGGGCGCCGGCUGCCCACCCGUCCUCCUGGCCCUCAGGAGGCCUCUCUGCCCCUAUGGGGCUGCCUCUCCCCCUCUCGGGAACGGGAGACCCAGCACAGGCUGGCAUCCUGAGAACCUGUGCUGGUCCUGCCCAAGGGUCUGAGGGUUUCAAUAAAGUACUCUCCAGAGUGA